GCGACCCCGGGGAUCUCGUGGAUAGAGGGGGGCCCUUGCACUCCUUCGGUGGACGACCCCGAGCUUCGCGCAGACGUCGCUUACGAACAGGCGCAGGAAGAAGAGUUCGGGCCCAUGGUGGACAAUGACCUAAACAGGGGCCCGCCAGAAGAAGUUGCGAAGGCAAGACUCGUGAAGCGCAGGGCCAACAUGUCUGUGGAUGACUUGGCGAGCGCGCGCAACCUCAUCAAGACGAAACUGGGGGGCGAGCCGGAACUCGCGGCGGCCGCGCGGGCAGGGCGGAAGGAACAUGUUGCCUCUACUCAGCGGGCGCGCGCGGGCGCCCCAUCCCAGCGCCAGGAUGCCAACCGCGGCGUCGCACCCGUCCCGCCCCGCAAACAGUUGCGCCCGGCGGCGCCGCUGCCUCGCCGCGAAGGUGGCGACGCGGGCGAGGGAUCUGAUGAUUCCGCAAAUGAGGGCCACGAGGGCAAGAUCGAAGUGGAGGGAGACGCCGAAGCACCAGCCGACGGAGCAGCGAGGGAGGUGCCCCUGGGAACUCGGACGGCGAGGGAAGGCCACGAGAGGCACGAGUGGCGGAAGUGGGGCAGAGAGAACAGUUGCCGCGUGAUCACAAUCACAGCUCCGUGGUCUGGCGACGGGGACUUCACCGUGCCCAGGAGCACCGCGGCCCACGCUGGGGGGCUGCGCCCCGCGAGGUGCAGGAAGGUAGACCGCCCGGGCGCGCCUAGCAUCGCGCGGGGGCAGCUCGACGAAGUCGACGCGGUGAUCGCGCGGCUGGGGGCCUGGGCCACGCCGCAGCAAGUCCACGGCGAGCUCCGCGGGCCCGCCCCUGGAAGCCCCGCGCAGCGGGCGGCGCACCGGCGGCGCGCAGAAGACAGGAAGGGCCAGCAGACGAACAGGCUCCAUGGCCCGCAGGAGCGGCGCGACGAGAGCAAGUUCAACGCGCGCGCCGCGGAGGGGGUGCCAGCGGACAAGCAGCGAUUCGCGGCGUUCGAGGACGAGGAGCUGCCAGUCACCACAGGGGGCUCCGUGAAGAUCGCGUUCGCGCUGUGGCCUUUCAUUGAGUUCGCGGCGCGGGAGAUCGACUCCGUGAACGGCUUCUGCGCCAUGAGCGAUUUUGCUCCCAAAAUU